AUGACUUUUUCUUGCGGUCUCGAAGGAAUUUACCUGUAUCAACCUCCUGCUCUCAGGGUACCUCGAUGCACUCCUCACGCCGUCGUCUCACAAAGCCUGCACCUCUUCCACACACGUGCCCGCCUGCCUGUCAGCCACGGUGAGGCAUUGACCAUCCAUUUACUCCUGAGCGACGGUCAGGAUCGCGUGCUCUCCCUCCCCCCAGCCACCACGCCGCAGACCCUCCGGCAUCACCUGCUCGCUCAAGGCCUGGUCGCUUCCCAUCAAGCCGACGGUAAGCCCAUCGCCUUGCUGCUUCUCGACCUCUCUCUCCCCUCCCUCGGGCUACGGACUCCGGGUGAGAAGACAAAAACCUGGCGGGCGGCCCUUCACGAAAGGUGCGGCGGGAUGGGAGGGAAGACGCGCCUAGCUACUCUGACCGGCCUUCAAGAGGGAGACACGAUCCUCCUGCCCCCCUCCUCCUCCCCCUCCUCCCCGCCUUCCUCCUCCUCCUCCUCCUUCGUGCCCUACCCCGAAAUCUGCAGCCCCCUCCCUGCUAUCCUUAUCAUUCUCUCCCUAUCAUUGAGCAGGUUAAGCGCCCGGACUCCCCUUUCCUGGCCCGGGUCUCUGUCAAUCCCUCCGCCGUAA